CGGGUGGAAGCCAGACCUUCCGCUCUCCCCUUCGUGGGCGACAUUGGCGAGCAUGCUCGUGGGCAGCAGGGGGGUAGAUUCGGUGCUGGUGCUGCCAUUGUGACCAGGCGCCGUACUGCUGUCACGGUCUGUCUGGGAGGCUGCAUGGGACGCAGCAUGUCCUCGAACGUGCUGGUGCGACAUGGCAGCCGUCCUCCACGCACUAUUGCCCAGCACAAAUGUACAGUUGCGCGGCCAGGAUGUAGUGAAGCUGAGGUGGGAAGCGCCCUCCACUCCAGCAGGCUCUGGGAUGCACGCAAACGUGGUCUGUCGGGCAAGACGAGCGAGCACGGCGUAUGUAGAGACGACGGGUGAGACGGUGCCGACCGCCGUGCCAAUUGACGGGUGGUCAGAGGUGUGGGUGUAGAUGAGAAGUUUAGGUGGUCGUGGUGAGUGAAGGACUCCUACAAGAAUGCGUAAUGUCUGGAGCUGGG